AUGGAUCCAGCCCUAGAUGAAAUCAAUCCAUCACAAUCAUCCUCGUCGUUUUCGUCAACAGUGGUUACAACAUGGAAAGCUCAUAUAACACUGAUUUGUGAUAAUCACGAACGUAAAUGGAUACCGAAUCGAUUGCCAGAAGCUUGUUUCACAUCUGAUGAACUUGCCACAUUUGUUGCACAAAUCACUGAAAAUUUACAAGAAAUGGAAAACAAAACACAAAAUUAUCCUCAAAUAAUAAUCAAUUGGAUUUCCGCCAAUCAUAAUGAUCAAGUUCCGCAUCUUUCAUCAGAUAAUACUUGUCAACAUCAGUUAAACAACAAUUUCAAUAUUCAAUCUGAAUCAAAAUGUUCCACAUGUUCAAAUAGAAAACUUUUAAUUCUACCUAAUCAAACCAAUAAUGAUCAUGAUAGUUAUGUAUAUGAUUGUUGUGAAUUAAAACAAGAUCCUUUUCAAUCUAUCAUCAAUUCAAUUUAUGAUAGUAAUCAUUCUAAUUGUACAAUAACAUCAUUUCUUCAAAAUGAUAAUCAUAAUCAUAAUAAUAAUCGUGAUGAGAAAUCAUUCAAUUCAAAUCAAACUCUUUUAUUGAAUCUAAUUUAUACAAAUGAGUUUUGUUUAAAUGAAUUAAUGUCAAAUUCAAUGAUCAAUAAUCCAUAUUCAUCGUAUUUCAAAUAUCAUACAAAAGCGUAUCCAAUUCAAAGAUCAUAUGAUACAUACCGUCAUAAUUGUAUGUUAUACUCUAAUACAAUCAAUGAAAAUAUUCAUCUAUUUAUUAAACAACACCAACGACAACAACAAGAGAAUUGUAUUCAUUGUAUAUUGAAAUGUGAUAAUUCAGUUUUAGCGCCUAAAUUAAACGAAACUAUUUCUUAUUAUUAUGAUGAUAAUAAUAAUAAGAGUAUUAACAGAAAUGAAUGCCAAUACUAUCCAUUAGAUAGAAUGAAUAGAAUGUGUAAAUAUAAUCAUUUCAAUGAAUAG